AUGUUUAAGACCGCAGAAGACAGAGGAAAGAAAGACCAGGCUCGGGGAGGUGAUGCUGCCCCCGGCUUACACAACAUCCGUGUUAUACCGAGGAACAACCGGGAGUCACACACUGGAGACAGUCAACACAAAACCUCUGUCAUGGGUCCCUCGCACUCACCCACCUCCUCGCACUCACCCACCUCCUCGCACUCACCCACCUCCUCGCACUCACCCACCUCCUCGCACUCACCCACCUCCCCGCACUCACCCACCUCCUCGCACUCACCCACCUCCUCGCACUCACCCACCUCCUCGCACUCACCCACCUCCUCGCACUCACCCACCUCCUCGCACUCACCCACCUCCUCGCACUCACCCACCUCCUCGCACUCACCCACCUCCUCGCACUCACCCACCUCCUCGCACUCACCCACCUCCUCGCACUCUCCCACCUCCUCGCUCUCCCGAUCUGAACUUUCUUCCGGAGUCACUAGCAAGGUGCAAAGUGCUAGUUGA